UUUGAGAUUUGGAGCCCAACUGCAUUUGUUCCCAAUAAUCAUUACUGUAAUAAGAAAAUUUUGAGUUAUUUGUUCGGAUUUUGAGGAUUCUGCAUUUGUUUUUGAGGAGUUUGGUAAUAUUUUUAUGGCAACAAUGGCCAAACGUCACCUAUACAUAAACAAUGGAAGACACCGAAGUCGAAGAAAUUAAAAAUCUCCAAAUCGAAUUUGAAUGGGUUAUGCGAGAUGAAGUUCACGCAAUAUUUAGGAAGCUGCGCGAAAUAUUAGUGGAAUGUGCACGUCGAUUUCCGGUGCCAUGCUUUCCUGACAAUGAUGGUAAACGAACUGAAAAGUUUGUGUUGAUGGCAGCGCAGGAUCAGCUUAAGUGUUCCGUUACUCUCACCGGCGAUAGCAUCACCCAAGCUGACAUUAGUUACAAGCUUAAACGCGCUUCAAGCCAAGUUCAACGUACCUCCAUCACGCCUGAUGCACCGUGGAAAUUGCAGCAAGUACAAGAUGCAGCAAAUCAUCUACAACAAGCCAUUACUCAUAUUGAUAACGUUGGAGGUAGUUAUGCUUUCAA